UGUGUGCCAUCAACGCAAACGUACGACUUUCUAUACACGUUCUACUUCGCUGUUUUUUUUUUGUCUUUAUAUGACAAAAAAGAAGACUUUUUGAAAAAAAUAAAUUAUUUCAUUAGUAGUACAAACGGAGCAAGUCAUUUCAACUUGCUAGAUUCAGAACUAGUACUUUACGUAUUCACGUUCGUAUGUGUAGUUUUAAUUCUGAACAAAGAACAAUUUUUUGGUGCACAAAUUAAGUGAAUUUUUAAUUUGAAUUAGUGACGAAGCGUCAUGUCAAAUACAAUUCCAAAUAUUGGUGAUAUCAAUUCACAACAAAAUAAGCAAUUGAACACAUUCCACACGCCAUCAUUUGGUGACGACGAUUUCGACGUGAGCUCAAUGCAAAUUAUGCAACAAACACAUCAAACACAUCAAAUGGAUCAGUAUCCGAUGCCAAUGCCCCCACAACAAAUGCAAGACCAACAAUAUAUGUGGCAACAGCAAGAUGCAAAUCAAAGAAAUUUCGCUGCGCCACCGAACAACAUGAACAUGCCAAUAUAUAACAGCCCAAUGAUGGAUCCACAAAUGCACUACGGUGAUCCCGUUUAUAAUCAUCAGGGCCAACCCCAAAAUCACAUGCAACAAAUUCAGCCUCGUCCAGUUCAGGCUCAGGGUCCGCUGCCGCCACCCCAGCAACAACAGCAAAUUCAUUACCAACAAACACAACAGUCACAGGAUCAAAUGUUAAUGAUGCCACCACCCUAUAAGUCGCCACCGAUGAAUGUACAACAACCACAAAUUAUGAGCAGUCCAACGACUCAUCAAAUCAAUCAGUCUCCGCACUACGGUGUUCCCACAGAAAAUGGUACAACCAGCGAAGAUAGCGAUGGUAGUGUGAAUACAUUGAAGCGACCAUCACCCGAACCAUUGAACGAAUCACCAUCGAAAGGUGGAAAAGCGGCUGCGUCAGCACCAAAGAAGCCAAAACCACCCAGAAAGAAGAAGAAGAAAGAUCCAAAUGAACCAACAAAACCAGUGUCGGCGUAUGCAUUAUUCUUUCGUGAUACACAAGCAGCUAUAAAAGGUCAAAAUCCAACCGCGUCAUUUGGCGAUGUUUCAACGAUAGUGGCAUCAAUGUGGGACGGCCUGGAACAUGAACACAAAGAGGUCUAUAAGAAAAAAACGGAAGCGGCUAAAAAAGAGUAUUUGAAAACGUUGGCAGUCUAUCGCGCAAGUAUCGUAUCUAAAGGCAAUGACAUUGAUUCAACUAAACCAUCAACACCGACUGGUACCAUGUCCCCACAAAAUCAACUUCAACAAGCAAAUAGUACGCAACAAUCGCCUCAGAGUCUUCCAAAUCAGCAAAACUCGACUCAACCAUCAGUCCAAGUGAAACAAGAAUCACCCAAUUCGAUUCAAGCCCAAUUACAAAAUCAGCCAAAUGUAAACAUGAAUCCACAACAACAGCAACAACAAUCAUUUAUAGCACAACAACAGGCCGGUCCUCAAACGUCUAUGCCACAAUCAUCGCCAUAUCAACAAACUUAUAACCCUCCUACGAAUGCAUACAAAUCGUCGCCGAAUCCAAAUCAAAUCGAUUACAAUAGUAUGAAUAUGUCAAUGCCACACAAUCAAUUGUCGCCAAUUCAUCAUCAAUCAAACGUUCCACAAAAUCAUCAAAUGCAAAUGCAACAGCACAUGGGUCAUCCACAGCAGCAAGUUCCAAUGGUUCGAUACGGCUACGAGCAACAAGCACCGCCACCACCGCAACAACACAAUAUCGCCAUGAAUCCAUACAAUUCAUCACCAAAUCAUGGGAAUCUUCAGCCGCCAAUGCAACAGAUUCCAACACAUCAUCAACCCUAUGGAAGUGAAGGUGGUUACAACAUUCAUGCAAAUGAUGUUAGCAAUCAAAAUUUUAAUUCAUUCCAAUUAAAUCAACAGCCCACAACUACUAUGGUUCUUCACAAUAUGCCACCCAACCAAUUGCAGGAAACGCAAACGGCAACAGCUACGCCCCAGCUAUGUAUAAGGAGUGGAUGUAUAAAUCAGGCGGUUGUACAUAACGACUGGGAGGACGAGUACUGUGGUUCUGAAUGCGUGGUUUUACACUGUAGAAACGUUUUCUCAAAUUGGGUACAGUCGAACAACAAUGCAGCCUCGAUCAACCCUCAACAGAACUUUUCUGUGAAAUAGUGUCAUCAUCUCGUUGUGUCAUAGCCUAGCUGACAAGAAGAAAAUUUCUAUACCAUUACAAAACAAAUACGCAAACUGAAAAAAAAACUAAGCAAAACUAAACAAUACAAAGCAAAUGCAAAAUCAAGAAAAAAACGUACACAAUUUUUAUUUUGUUUAAUGUAAGGGGAAAGAGAUAGGGAGCGAGUGAGAGAACUAGCGCAAGGCGAACUUCAACGUAUCAAUAUUUAUGGCCAUUGCAAUAAUGAAUGAAGCAUAAAUUACAAGACGUCUAUCUUCUCUCUACGUCUGUCUCGUUUUUUUUUUUCUUUACAUUUUACAAACCACGCUUCAUUCGGCAAACUGUAAAAAGAAUUCUCGUUUUUUUGUAUCAUGUUUUUUGUUGAUCAUAUAGUCGUACACUGUGUGCUACAAAUUCGCAUUAUUAUUGUGCUAUUGCCAAUCUAAAAAUACAUAGAACGUGCAUCACAUCCAAGGAGACAACUACUACUUCAACGAAGAUUGUUGCACCAUAAAAACGUUAAACUAUCCAUUUUAUCGACAAAAUAUUUAAGGAUUUUUAAGAAAUAUUGUAAUUUUCUUAAUAAAAAUUAUUAUUAUAAUUGAAUAGCAAUUAAUCUCAAA